UACUCUGAACUGUGUUUCUGCCUUUUGGCACAAAGAACAGUCAGGGAAAACCCCACUGUGCACUUAGCCAACAAGUACCAAGACACAGAAUCACAAAACAGAAACGUGUUGCUCUUUCAUUAGCUGGGACCACAUCCACAUUUAGUUUUGACAAUAGUGAAUGAAGAAUCAUAAACUGAUGCUGUGGUUUGAGGAAGGCCUCAGAGGGGCCUGGGAGCAGAUCCGAGGCCGAGUAGAUCUUCAAAGAAGGGAUCCUUGUGAAGUAGUAAUGAUUGAGCGUUAUGAAGGUUCAGGAGGCAUGCAUCAAUGCAGAGCCGUGAGAGUAGUUUAUGAGGUGUGGUCCUGCUCCUGAAAUUCAGAUAAAUUAUCUCCACUUUCAGUAAAAAGUGAAACCAAAGAUACAAGAAUGUCACAAGAAACCAGAACAGGACUUCUCAGCAGAGCCUUCAAAAUAAAAAAAUCUUCCAAAUAAUAAAAUAUCCUGGAAUAAAGUCUGCACACAAAUCUAAUAUAUGAAUUAUAUUUCUGCCUGGUUACAUUAUAACUGGUUUUCUAAUUCCAAUUUUGUUCAUCACAUGUAUCAUACUUUGCUGUAUGAGCAACUUUGCUGCUCAGCGGUCUAUUCACAGUGUAUAAUAUUGCCCUCUGAAUUUGUAACCUUUACAUAUUUCCCAGAGGACUAAGAACUUCAGUCACUGCAUUUUAUCUCUCAAAGCGUUUUUGUUCACAAUCAUAAAGCAGAACUGCAGUGAUCUAAGCUAAACAGUCACAUAGCUGUAAAUAAAAGUCCUUUUUUGGAUGUGGAUAUCACACACAUACAACCAGCCCUCUAUUCUGUGCCUACUGUGGAAAAUUCAUUUCCCACUCCUGUAAUUCUGUGGUAUGAUUUCACAUAAUGUCACAUGUUAUGUGCUUGUUACUUCAUGACUAUAAGAAACAACAAAGUUUUCAUUUUUCAUUGGGUCUUCUCCUCUACAGCCCGGUUGGAAAGCUUCCCAUGUGAUCUCCUCACUGCUUCGUUCUUACCUCUGAUCUCUCUCCUGUUGUCAGUGUAGAAGGUGCAAAGCUCCCUUCAGCUAGUAUGUGGUGGUGGCUGCUUGGUCUAUUCAGCUGCGUGCUGCUGGCGGUUAUUGUCAUUUUCUUUUUGAUAGUGGGGCAACGCUACAAGGUAUUUAGUGAGUCGUGCCUGAGACCACCCGGACCCCUUGUCGCUGACAGCAAACUCAGGGAUGCCAGGCUGAAGAGAGGAUUUCGUGUGGACCGUGUUCCUGCUGAUCUGGACGCAGUGGUGAUUGGCAGUGGCAUAGGAGGUUUGACGGCAGCAGCACUUCUGUCCAAAGCUGGGAAGAAGGUUGUAGUUCUGGAGCAGCAUGACCAAGCAGGAGGGUGCACACACACCUUCCAAAAUAAAGGAUUUGAGUUUGAUGUGGGUAUCCAUUACCUGGGUCAGCUUCAUGAGAACAGCUUGUUGAAGGUUGCUUUGGAUCAGAUCACAGAGGGACAGCUGCAGUUUGCAAGGCUGGAGCAGCACUUUGAUACAGUGAUCCUAGGUCAGCAUGACCAGCGCAGGGAGUACCAUGUCCAUGCAGGGAAGACUGAAAUGGCAGUCAGCCUGAAGAAUCAGUUUCCAGGAGAAGAAGAAGCCAUUGAUGAAUUAAUGAGACUGAUGAAGCUUGGUUCACAGAGGACGCCACUUAUUGCCAUGUUGAAGAUCGUUCCGUACUGGUUGGUUAACUUUCUCAUCCGGACUGGCCUAUUACAUUGGAUAUCUUCAGUGUUUCGUCUUGCAACAACCAGCCAUUCAGAAUUAAUAUCCCACCUCACACAGAGCAAGGACUUGCAGGCACUUUCUGCAUACCUGUUCUAUGGCGUCCCUCCUAAAGACUCCAGCUUUCUCAUUAAUGCCCUCCUCCUUCACCACUACAAGCGUGGUGCAUACUAUCCACGCGGGGGCGCAAGUGAAUUUGCCUUUCACAUCAUCCCAGUCAUUCAGCAAGCAGGUGGUGCAGUCCUAGUCAGGGCUCCAGUGCAACGCAUCCUUGUCAACGAACAGGGGAAGGCGUAUGGUGUGGUGGUUCUUAAAGGACAAGAAGAGAUAGAGGUUCUUGCCCCUGCUGUAAUUUCAAAUGCUGGAAUCUUCAACACCUUCCAGAAGUUUCUACCUCACAAUAUACAAGAAAAACCAGAGAUCCAGUCAUUGUUGAGUAUGGUACAUCAUGGCAUGGGUUCCUUUUUGGUCUUUGUUGGUCUGGAUGGAACCAAAGAGGAGCUAGGCAUUGUUUCCAAUAACUUCUGGAUGUAUAAAGACAAUGACUUGGACUCACUCAUGGAGCAGUAUUCAUCUCUAAGCAGAGAGCAGGUUUUGGGAAACAUUCCCAUGAUGUUUAUCACUUUUCCGUCUGCUAAAGAUCCAACAGCCAGCAUCAGACAUCCAGGUAAGUCCUGUAUGACUUUGUUAACCAUGGCACGCUAUGAAUGGUUUGAGGAAUGGGAGGGGACCAAGCUUGGGAAACGGGGACAGGACUACGUGGAUCUGAAGAACAGUAUGGCCCAAGAGCUGCUGGAAUGGGCACUAACCAUCUUCCCUCAUCUGCGAGACAAGGUAGUAAUGGUAGAUGCUGCAACCCCUCUAACAAACGUCCACUAUUUGGGUGCUCCAAGAGGUGAGAUGUAUGGAGCUGAACACAACCUGGAGCGCUUCAAGCCAGAAGUGAUUGCUAAGACACGACCACAGACUCCCAUCAGCGGUCUCUAUUUAACAGGUCAGGACGUAUUUUGCAAUGGCAUGGCUGGAGCUCUUCACGGUGGACUGCUUUGUGCGUCAGCUGUCCUCAAUCAGAUCCUCUACAUUGACCUUCUAGCCCUGAAGACCCGCCUCAAACGUAAUCAGAGUAGUCACAAAUUAACCUGGUAGCUGUGGUGGAGUCUGUGUUCUUCUCGAGUACAUAAAAUUUCACGUCUCGAGAUAAGAUUUAAUGCUUUUUAUGAUAUAUAUCUUUGGAUAGUUUCCAGUCAUGCUGUAAGGUCAGCUGAAUUAAAUGUGUAAACAAAUGUGUGAGUGAUGAAUACAAAUCUGCACGUCCACCACAAUAACUGCUUCUGCUGUAGCUGUUCUUGGAUUCUUUAAAAGUGAUAAAGACAUUUUAAACCUGC